CUCAGGAGCCCGGGCCGGGGCGGGGUUAGCGCUGCCCGCCGGGGCCGCAGCGGCCGAGCCGAAGAGGGGUCCCAGCCCGCGGCCCCUCAGCCCCGCAGCCAUGACGGGCAGUAACAUGUCUGAUGCUCUGGCGAACGCGGUGUGUGAGCGCUGCCAGGCGCGGUUCAACCCCGCGGAGAGGAUUGUCAACAGCAACGGGGAGCUCUACCACGAGAACUGCUUCGUCUGUGCUCAGUGCUUUCGGCAGUUCCCCGAGGGGCUCUUUUAUGAGUUCGAAGGUCGGAAGUACUGUGAGCAUGACUUUCAGAUGCUGUUUGCUCCUUGCUGUGGGGAAUGUGGUGAGUUCAUUAUUGGACGUGUUAUCAAGGCAAUGAACAACAACUGGCACCCAGAAUGUUUCCGCUGUGAGCUCUGCGAUGUAACCCUUGCUGAUCUGGGCUUUGUGAAGAAUGCUGGCAGGCAUCUGUGCAGGCCCUGCCAUAACCGUGAAAAAGCCAAGGGACUGGGCAAGUACAUCUGUCAGAAGUGCCACUUGAUAAUUGAUGAGCAGCCUCUGAUGUUUAGGAAUGAUUCCUACCAUCCAGAUCACUUCAACUGCACCCACUGUGGGAAGGAGCUGACUGCCGAGGCCCGGGAGCUGAAGGGAGAACUGUACUGCCUGCCCUGCCAUGACAAGAUGGGGAUCCCCAUCUGUGGGGCCUGCCGCAGGCCCAUCGAGGGACGAGUGGUCAACGCGCUGGGAAAGCAAUGGCAUGUUGAGCAUUUUGUUUGUGCCAAAUGUGAGAAGCCAUUCUUGGGGCACCGACACUAUGAGAAAAAAGGACUGGCUUAUUGUGAAACUCACUAUAACCAGCUCUUUGGAGAUGUUUGCUACAACUGCAGCCACGUGAUAGAGGGAGAUGUGGUGUCAGCUCUUAACAAGGCCUGGUGUGUGAAUUGCUUCUCCUGCUCCACCUGCAACAUCAAGCUCACACUGAAGAAUAAAUUUGUGGAGUUCGACAUGAAACCUGUGUGCAAGAAGUGCUAUGAGAAAUUCCCUCUGGAGCUGAAGAAACGCCUGAAGAAGUUGUCAGAGCUGGCAUCCAAGAAGGCCCAUCCCAAAGCUCUAGAUUUAAACUCUGCUUAAACAGGUCUGUCAGUCUCCUGACUGCACUCUUACAAAAGCUGCUGCUCACUGCAGCUCUUGAUUACAGAGGCAAUUACUAAGAAGUGACACCAAAGAUAAGUAGUCCCUUCCCCUGCUUCUGGUAGUAUUGCUUGCAUCUAGACUAUCCCUUUUCUCAAGCAGUUGUCUGUUAACACUGGCAGAAAGAGGAGUAUGGUUUGUGCUUGAGCAGUUUACAGGCUGGUUAUUAAUUUGCUAAUAACAACGCUUUUUGCCUUUGUGGAAUUGUACACAAUCUUUCCUUCCUCAAUUGAACUGUGGUUCUCCGUCCAUUCCUCUUAGUCUAAGGAAUUUGGAAACAGUGGAUUAGUGUAGAGCUGGAAGAAAUGUCUGAUUUGCUCUUUUUCAGAUGAAGUAUCAGCAUUUUUCUUCUUCCUGUGGGGGCAGAAAUUUUUAGGCUUUUUAGUACCUAGGCAAAUAUUCUGAAAGUUGUUGGUCUUUGCUACAUGCAAAAAGUUCUGGUCUUUCUCCAUUUUCCUUCUGAGAAUAUAUGGGUGCUGUACAGUCCUUCUGGUUUGUAGGUUUACUAGAAAGGUUCAGGAACCAACAGCUAUGGCAUCUGCACUGCUGGCUCGUAUGUCUUAGGCCCAGUGCUAGGACAGCUGCAGAAGUUUGUUUUGCUGCUUCCCUGUUCAGUACUGAGGAGAUGUCAGUUGUCAAGGCCAUGUCAGGGUUCUCCAUGAUGAGGAGAUGACUAUGGGGAAACAAAACAUUCUAUUAGAAUUAACACUCUGUAAUUUUCCCUGUUCUCUACUACUCCAUGGCUACUAGAGCUUCUGCUGGUCAACACAAAGCAUGUCCUAUCCACUGGUGUAGCUAAUAUUUCUUGAGGCAGUGUGGCUGGAGCCUUGGUUAUUCUUCUGCACAGGGAAAUCAAAUGGAUAAUAUGGUACCAGUUUAGGCACUUAAGUUUCUCUGUUCUCACUUUAUUUGCAAGCUGAAUAUAGGCUUGGUGGUCAUGCUUCAGAAAGCCCAAUUACAUUUCUAAUGUUUACACUUUGUAGCAAAAGUGGUCUUAUGCAGAAAAAAAACCCAGAAAGUGCUUCUCUUAAAAUUUUUACCCAAAUAAGAUUUCCCCAUCACCUUUCUUCUUAAAGACCUGAGUGUACUUAGAGAGAGGAUCUCAGUCAUUAAUGUGUACAUCUCAAGCAUAUAGUCCUGCUCUGUAGUUUUGCCUGUCACCAGUGAAGUUUCAGUGGUCCUGCUGUCUCUGCUACUACAACCCAAGGGGCUGUACUGGUUUUGAACAUUCUUGAUACUUCUUUAGGGGUGAGCCAUCAUCAGUGCUGCUCCUGAGCCCACCUGCACGCUGUAUAAUCACAGUGAGCUUCAGUCCUCUGGAGGCAUGCCCUAUAUUUUCUUGUGAACUAAGCUGAGCAACCUCAAAAUCCCUUUCCAUGAACAGUCGAGACUGUGCCUCCCCCUUUGUGAGGCUGACAAGCACUGGAGGACUUCUGUCCCUUGCAUGAUUUAAAUCUUCUGAAAAGUGAGUAGGUCAAAUGAACACAGCAGUUGGGCCCAGGCACCACCCUGCAGCCCCAGGUGAAUUAGCUAGCAAGAAGUUAAAGUUUCCCCAUUUCUUGUGUGUGUGAGCAGCAACUGGAUUGGGGCAAUAAUCUCCCUUAAAAUUGUGUUAAUAUGCUUGCUGGAUCUCCUACCCAUGGAACUGCACCCCUGAUAGCAGAGCAGUGGGGGGAAGCCCUGGUUAACUGCGAUGAAAAUCCCGCCUGUCAGAGCAUCUCUAAGAUCCUCCCUGUCUUUGCUAACUCAGUUUGCCUCCUCUGCUUUGCUUUUUGUUGCCCUAAGUAACCAUUAACUUUUAACUGUGUUAUACUGUAUCCACUAUAACACUGCUGAAGGGAUGGCCUAGGUUUAACAGCAAACUCUUCUACCCUCUCCUGGCCAGAGUCUCUGUAGAUUCCAGUGAGAGCAGAUGCUUGUGUCCUUGCUUUAGGAGAACACGUGGCUACUUGCUGUUCUCUCACUAGCCUUAAAACAGACUUUUAGUUAAGGGCACAAAGAAUGUGUCUUUUGGUGCAGUAGUGUGUGGCCACUGUAAACACCCAUCCUGUAAACCUAUUGUUGGCAUUUUUGUCACAGCACGAAACACAGGAAGUGCUGCUCUAGGUUCAGCUCAGUUGGUUUUGCAGAUCCUCCUCAGCAUAAAGCAUUCUGGUCUGUUCCUGCAAUCUCAGUCCCAGGCUGUGCCUUGUGCUGAAUCUGAGCAGCUGUGUAUCCCUCCUGGGAAGGAGGUGGAGGAACACACAGCAGCACAUUCCUGGUAAAUAGGGAAGGACUAUGUAACUAGCAGGCAAUAGGUAAUAUUCUUUCAGUGGCCACUCAGGUUCAGCAAUGGAAAAUUGUGGAUGUGGAGGUGAAUGGAAUUACUUUUGCAGUGCAAGUAGAGAAUUAGUGUGUGCUCCUUACCUUGUCUCAUGCUAGAAAUUCAGCAGACCUUGUAAGCUUCAGAGUUCAAAGAAGAGUUUGUAUCAUUCUCUUUGAUAGGCCAUUCAGUUCUCUAGGAUUUGGAUUAUGUCCUUAUCAUCAGGACAUUCUGGAAAAUCAGUGGGCGGGAAAAAAUCUUCGUAAUCCCUGAUCUCUGUAUUAGUGGAAGAUGAUAUUCUCUUAGUAUCUCCCAAAGUAUUGAUUUUUCACAAUUAUUUUUCUUAUACUUCUGUUGCCCAUAGCCUGCAAUGUGCAGAGUUACAGUAGUGCAUAUUACUGCCAUACCUUUUGUGGGAGAGUGGAAUUGAAGGAGUAGGAGAAAUAAUAUAAAUAGUUUAAAAAAAAUGCAUCUUCCUCUACUUCUGUGAGUCUACUUUUUAAAAACCAAGCAGAGUAUAGUGCAGGCUCAUGAGUUCUCCUUAGUGUGUUGAUAGGCUGACAUGUUUGUUUUCUUUUUUAGUAAAGUCAAGGUGUCAUUUAGAAAUAAGCUGCAUGCUUUUUUCCAUUGUUGUAAAUCAGCCUGCUAGCCAAAUUCAUCCUCAGUAUCACACCACUGGAGAGUACAGAUUUAUACCAAGGUUGAACUUGGCUCAGAAGCCUACACUUACUAAAAGCUGUUGUCUCAUUCCAUGCAUUUAUAGUUUACAUUCUUACUUCUACAUAAUUAAAAUCACUAACAUAAACUGAGUACACUUGAAAAUGGUUUUGCUUUUAGAAAGCACAGUGUGCGAAGCUUGUUUGUAUUCAAAGGCUAUGCUAAUCACUUGCAGUCUGUCUUUGUGGCAACUACUCUGCUCUCUAGGGUUUGCAUCCUGGUGUUUAUUUUUACAGCAGUCUGUGCAAUGUUGGCAAAUAUUGGUCAGCCUUUGGUACAGAGGGUUCCUGAUGUCACAUGGUGUGUGUUAGAUGAUAUGACUGACACUUUUUUCAGAAGUGGUUGGAUGGUGAAGGAAUAGAUUGCAGGCAAACAUAAUAAAUGUGGUUGUACUAGUCUGUAAAGCACUGUUAAGUGCUGAGGGUGUUAUAGACUGAGAAAAGAAUUAGCAGCUACCUGCCUUGGUUCAGGCCUUGAUGAGCAGUGUAGGUUCUGCAUCGUGUAGAGCUCUCAUUUUAUCACACAGGUGCUGUCUAACCAAAAAGUGGGAUUGUGGAUUGAAAUGUUGUAAUAUCGUAUCUUUGUAUGUUCCUAUAAUAAAGUUAACUGUAAUACAUUUUAAAUCUUUA